AGGAGGGGACGGAGGAGAAGGAGGCAGCGGCGGCGGAGAAGGCGGCGGCGGCCCGGCGGGCGGCUUGGUGUGGAAUGCAAUUAUGGCUGGCACGGCGGAGGCGAGCGGGGACCGGAGCCGGUUGACUGGACUGGCCACGCCCACGAUGCCCUGAAUGCGGAGCGCAGAGGAAGCAGAGGAGAGUGUUUCCCAUUAGCUCCUCCUCCCUCCCCCAUCCCUUUAGUUUGGGUUUGUUUCUAUUUAUUUUGUGGCUGGGUUUGGGCAUGGCCUUGGCUGGAUGUGAGGCUGCUGCAAUGUGGCUCCUUUGGCUCAAGCACCACUUGUCCAUCCACAUUUGGACCUUGCUGCUCUUGGGGAGCACCUGGCUACCGCUGGCGGCAGGCAGCCCCAAAUCUCCCUUUAGGACUUUCCCGGUUACAGACUGGAGCUUGACACACUUGGUGGUCCAUAACAAAACUGGGGAGGUCUACGUGGGGGCUGUCAAUCGGAUCUACAAGCUCUCCAAUAACCUCACGCUCCUGAGGACCCACGUGACGGGGCCCGUGGAGGACAAUGAGAAGUGUUACCCUCCGCCCAGCGUCCAGUCCUGCCCGCACGGGCUGGUCACGACCAACAACGUCAACAAACUGCUGCUGGUGGACUACUCGGGGAAUCGGCUGAUCGCCUGCGGCAGUGCCUCCCAGGGGAUUUGCCAGUUCCUGCGGCUGGACGACCUCUUCAAGCUGGGCGAGCCCCACCACCGCAAGGAGCACUACCUCUCCAGCGUCAACGAGUCGGGCACCAUGUCCGGCGUCAUCAUCGAGGUGCUCAACGGGCAGAACAAGCUCUUCAUUGGGACGCCCAUUGACGGGAAGUCGGAGUACUUCCCCACCCUGUCCAGCCGCAAGCUGAUGGCCAACGAGGAGAACGCGGAGAUGUUUGGCUUCGUCUACCAGGAUGAGUUUGUCUCCUCGCAGCUCAAAAUCCCCUCGGAUACACUCUCCAAGUUCCCCACCUUUGACAUCUACUACAUCUACAGCUUCAGCAGCGAGCAGUUUGUUUACUACCUGACCCUGCAGCUGGACACCCAGCUGACCUCUCCCGACUCCACUGGGGAGCAGUUUUUCACCUCCAAGAUCGUCCGCCUCUGUGUGGAUGACCCCAAGUUCUACUCCUAUGUGGAAUUCCCCAUUGGCUGCGUGCAGGACGGCAUUGAGUACCGGCUGAUCCAGGACGCCUACCUGACCAAGCCUGGCAAGGCUUUGGCCAAGUACCUGGGCAUCUCAGAGCAGGAGGAUAUCCUCUUCACCAUCUUCUCCCAGGGCCAGAAAAAUAGGGUUAAGCCUCCCAAGGAGUCUGUGCUCUGCCUCUUCACGUUGAAGAAGAUCAAGGAUAAGAUCAAGGAGCGUAUCCAGUCAUGCUACAGAGGGGAAGGGAAACUCUCCCUGCCUUGGCUCUUGAAUAAGGAGCUGGGCUGCAUCAACUCGCCGCUGCAGAUCGACGACAACUUCUGUGGCCAGGACUUUAACCAGCCCCUGGGCGGGACUGUCACCAUCGAGGGGACCCCUCUGUUUGUGGAUAAGGAAGAUGGCAUGACCUCAGUGGCUGCCUAUGACUACAGAGGACAGACUGUUGUCUUUGCGGGCACACGGAGCGGGAGGAUCAAAAAGAUCCUGGUGGAUUUGCCAGCCGAGAGGAAGCACCAAGCUGUGCAGUAUGAGAACGUGGUGGCCCACGAAGGCAGCUCCAUCCUGCGGGACCUGGUGCUGAGCCCUGACCGCCAGCACAUCUAUGCCAUGACUGAGAAACAGGUGACGCGUGUGCCGGUGGAGAGCUGUGAGCAGUACGAGAGCUGUGAGCUGUGCCUGGGCUCCCGGGACCCCCACUGUGGCUGGUGUGUCCUGCACAACAUCUGCUCCCGCAAGGACCGGUGCGAGCGGGCGGACGAGCCGCAGCGCUUCGCCUCGGAGCUGCCGCAGUGCGUGCAGCUCACCGUGCAGCCCAGGAACAUCUCCGUCACCAUGUCCGAGGUCCCGCUGGUCCUGCAGGCCUGGAAUGUCCCAGACCUGUCAGCAGGAGUGAACUGCUCCUUUGAAGACUUCACCGAGUCCGAGAGCCGCAUUGAGGAUGGGAAGAUCUACUGCAGCUCUCCCUCUGCCAAGGAUGUCAUCCCCAUCACCAGGGGCCGCGGGGACAAGCGAGUGGUGAAGCUCUACCUGAAAUCCAAGGAGACGGGGAAGAAAUUUGCCUCUGUGGAUUUUGUUUUCUACAACUGCAGCGUCCAUCAGUCGUGCCUGUCCUGCGUGAACGGCUCCUUCCCCUGCCACUGGUGCAAGUACCGCCACAUCUGCACCCACAACGCUGCUGACUGCUCCUUCCUGGAGGGCCGUGUCAAGCUCUCUGAGGACUGCCCUCAGAUCCUGCCUUCCACGCAGAUCUACAUCCCCGUGGGUGUGGUGAAGCCCAUCACGCUGACGGCCAAGAACCUGCCGCAGCCGCAGUCGGGGCAGCGCAACUACGAGUGCAUCUUCCACAUCCCGGGCAGCACCACGCGCGUCACCGCCCUGCGCUUCAACAGCACCAGCAUCCAGUGCCAGAACACCUCGUAUUUCUACGAAGGGAAUGACAUCAGUGACCUGCCCGUCAACUUGUCUGUGGUCUGGAAUGGGAACUUUGUCAUUGACAACCCCCAGAACAUCCAGGCCCACCUGUACAAGUGCUCGGCGCUGCGGGAGAGCUGCGGGCUGUGCCUCAAGGCCGACCCGCGCUUCGAGUGCGGCUGGUGCGUGUCGGAGCGGCGCUGCUCGCUGCGCCAGCACUGCCUGGCCUACGAGAGCAGCUGGAUGCACGCCAGCAGCGGCAGCAGCCGCUGCACCGACCCCAAGAUCACCAAGCUGUUCCCUGAGACUGGCCCCAGACAAGGAGGGACUCGUCUGACCAUCACUGGCGAGAACCUGGGCCUGAAGUUUGAGGAUGUUCGCUGGGGUGUGCGAGUGGGCAAGGUGGCGUGCAUCCCCAUCGAGAGCGAGUACAUCAGCGCCGAGCAGAUUGUGUGUGAAAUCGGAGAUGCCAGCCAGAGCAAGGUGCAUGAGGCACGGGUAGAAGUGUGCAUCCGGGACUGCACGCCCAGCUACCGGGCCAUAUCCCCCAAGACCUUCACCUUUGUGAUGCCCACUUUCUCCCGUGUUGUCCCAGCCCGGGGCCCUCUCUCUGGUGGCACCUGGAUUGCCAUUGAAGGCACCCACCUCAACGCUGGCAGCAACGUCUCCGUGACCAUCGGGGGACGGCCCUGUGCUUUUUCAUGGAGAAGUGCCCGUGAGAUUCGCUGCAGGACCCCCCCAGGGCACGCCCCUGGUGGCUCCCCCAUCCUCAUCAGCAUCAACCGAGCAGAGCUGAGCAACCCAGAGGUGAAGUACAACUACACAGAGGACCCCACCAUCCAGAAGAUUGAUCCUGAAUGGAGCAUCAACAGUGGUGGGACAUUGCUGACUGUGACUGGCACCAACCUGGCCACCAUCAAAGAGCCCAGGAUCCGGGCCAAGUACUGCAGCUCUGAAAGGGAGAAUAACUGCACUGUCUACAAUGACACCACCAUGGUGUGCUACGCUCCCUCCAUUGACAACCCUGUGCGGAGCCCUCCCGAGCUCGGCGACCGCCCGGAUGAGAUCGGCUUUGUCAUGGAUAACGUCCAGGCCCUGCUGAUCAUCAACACCACCAAUUUCGUCUACUACCCAGACCCUGUCUUUGAGCCACUCAGCCCCACAGGGAUGCUGGAGUUGAAGCCCAGCUCUCCCCUCAUCCUCAAGGGCAGGAACCUGCUCCCACCAGCUGCUGGGAACUCCCGCCUCAACUACACGGUGCUGAUCGGAGACACUCCCUGCACCCUCACGGUGUCUGAGACACAGCUCCUCUGCGAGUCUCCCAACCUCACUGGCCAGCACAAAGUCACAAUCAAGGCUGGAGGGUUCGAGUUCUCGCCGGGGACGCUGCAGAUCUACUCGGACAGCCUGCUCACCCUGCCCGCCAUCAUCGGCAUCGGCGGCGGCGGCGGCCUGCUCCUCCUCAUCAUCAUCAUCGUCCUCAUCGCCUACAAGCGCAAGUCCCGGGAUGCCGACCGCACCCUGAAACGGCUCCAGCUGCAGAUGGACAACCUGGAGUCCCGGGUGGCCCUGGAGUGCAAGGAGGCCUUUGCUGAGCUGCAGACAGACAUCAACGAGCUGACCAACGACCUGGAUGGGGCUGGCAUCCCCUUUCUGGAUUACCGCACCUACGCCAUGCGGGUUCUCUUCCCGGGGAUAGAGGACCACCCUGUGCUGAAAGAGAUGGAGGUCCAGGCUAAUGUGGAGAAGUCCUUGACCCUCUUUGGUCAGCUCCUGAACAAGAAGCACUUCUUGCUGACCUUCAUCCGUACUCUGGAGGCGCAGCGGAGCUUCUCCAUGCGGGACCGCGGCAACGUGGCCUCGCUCAUCAUGACAGCGCUGCAGGGCGAGAUGGAGUAUGCCACAGGGGUGCUGAAACAGCUCCUGUCCGACCUCAUUGAGAAGAACUUGGAGAGCAAGAACCACCCCAAGCUGCUUUUGCGGAGAACGGAGUCAGUGGCAGAGAAGAUGCUGACAAAUUGGUUCACCUUUCUGCUGUACAAGUUUCUGAAGGAAUGUGCUGGGGAACCACUCUUCAUGCUCUACUGUGCCAUCAAGCAGCAGAUGGAGAAGGGACCCAUUGAUGCCAUCACAGGAGAGGCUCGCUACUCCCUCAGUGAGGACAAGCUCAUCAGGCAGCAGAUUGACUACAAAAUGCUGACCCUCAACUGUGUGAACCCUGAGAAUGAGAAUGCCCCAGAGAUCCCUGUCAAGGUGCUGAACUGCGACACCAUCACUCAGGUGAAGGAGAAGCUGCUGGAUGCUGUCUACAAGGGCGUGCCCUAUUCCCAGAGACCCAAAGCUGGAGACAUGGACCUGGAGUGGCGGCAGGGCAGGAUGGCCCGCAUCAUACUGCAGGAUGAGGAUGUCACCACAAAGAUUGACAAUGACUGGAAGAGGCUGAACACCCUGGCCCACUACCAGGUGACAGACGGCUCCUCGGUAGCCCUGGUGCCCAAGCAGAACUCAGCCUACAACAUCUCCAACUCCUCCACCUUCACCAAAUCCCUCAGCAGAUAUGAGAGCAUGCUGAGGACAGCCAGCAGCCCCGACAGCCUGCGCUCACGGACCCCCAUGAUCACCCCCGACCUGGAGAGCGGCACCAAGCUCUGGCACCUGGUGAAAAACCACGACCACAUGGACCAGCGGGAGGGCGACCGCGGCAGCAAGAUGGUCUCUGAGAUCUACCUGACCCGUCUGCUGGCCACCAAGGGCACCCUGCAGAAGUUUGUGGAUGACCUGUUUGAGACCAUCUUCAGCACAGCUCACCGUGGGAGUGCACUGCCCCUCGCCAUCAAAUACAUGUUUGAUUUCCUGGAUGAACAAGCUGAUAAGCAUCAGAUCAAUGAUUAUGAUGUCAGGCACACCUGGAAGAGUAACUGUCUACCUCUACGUUUUUGGGUGAAUGUGAUUAAGAACCCCCAGUUUGUGUUCGACAUUCACAAGAACAGUAUUACUGAUGCCUGCCUAUCCGUGGUGGCUCAGACAUUCAUGGACUCCUGCUCAACUUCUGAGCACAAGCUAGGAAAGGACUCUCCCUCCAACAAACUACUGUAUGCCAAGGACAUCCCCAACUACAAGAGCUGGGUAGAAAGAUAUUAUGCAGAUAUAGCUAAAAUGCCAGCGAUCAGUGACCAGGACAUGAGCGCGUACCUGGCGGAGCAGUCACGGUUACACCUCAGCCAGUUCAACAGCAUGAGUGCCCUGCACGAGAUCUACUCCUACAUCACCAAGUACAAGGAUGAGAUUUUGGCUGCGUUGGAGAAGGAUGAGCAGGCCCGGAGGCAGCGGCUGCGGAGUAAGCUGGAGCAGGCGAUCGACACAAUGGCCUUAAGCAGCUGAGAAGGCGGCGGCGGCGCCAGCGUCCGGCAGCGGGGCGGCAGGACGGACAGACGGACGGAUGGACAGAGGGAGGGAGGGAGGAAGGACCGGCCAGCAGCAGCUGUGGGCACAAGACUUUGGGGCUGGGACCGGCCGGGCCCGCGGGAGCUCCCCACGGCCACCCAGAGAAACCUCGCGCUUAGCGGAACAAACCACGAACCCCGAGGGCGGCAGCAGCAGCAGCAGCAGCGUCCAUGGAACUCCCUGAGCCACAGAGCAAGCCCCAGCCCCACGGCAGGCAGCAGGGACCUUGCAGAGAGGCCGUGGGGGCAGAGGAGAAGGGGCUGGGCUGCCCCACGGACCUCGGGCAGAGCCCCUGAGCCCGCACAGGAGGGUCGGGACCGCGGGGCUUCCUAGGAAGGCGUUUGGAUGUUGUUGUUACUUUGGUGA